UCUCUCCCCCCCUCUUCCCUCCUAAUUUUCUCUCUCACCCUUUCUUUCCCUCUUUUAUAUUUUGAUCUCUAACCUAAUUCUCUCUCUCCUCUCUCUCUCUUCUCAUCCAUUCAUCAAUAUCAUCCCCUCCACCACCACCAUCCUCAUCUCUUUCUCUUCUCAGAACCAGAGAUUUCAAGAUCCUCAAAAUCUAGUGGGUCUUUCUCUCCCUCCUCUGCUUCACCCACAUAGAUCUGUCUCUAUACUCACAACUCACUCAGACACACACUCUCACACACAGUCACACAUACAGGACAACUACUUUAAUUAGAGAGCAUAAACCAAGAUCAUCAUCAUCCUCCUCAUAAUCUUCAUCCAUCAUCAGAGACCAAGAGUCAAGACGAAGAAGAAGAAGAAGAUCAGUGUUUGUUUGUUGUAGCUAGGGUUAAUCUUUUUGUUCAUUCAUCAUCAUCACCGAUCAACGACGAAGUGUUAGAGAGAAAGAAAGAUUUGAUCAGAUUGAUCAAAAAUGACUCCGGCGAAUUUGGCAGGCCAGUUUGGUGACACGACAUACACCAAAGUGUUUGUAGGAGGGUUGGCUUGGGAGACUCAGAAGGAAACCAUGAAGAAAUAUUUCGAACAGUUUGGUGAGAUCUUGGAAGCUGUCGUCAUCACUGACAAAGCCACUGGCAAAUCUAAAGGCUAUGGAUUCGUAACUUUUCGAGAACCAGAAGCCGCCAUGAGAGCUUGUGUGGAUGCUGCUCCUGUGAUAGAUGGGAGGAGGGCUAACUGCAACCUUGCUUCUUUGGGUGUCCAGAGAUCCAAGCCUUCAACCCCAAAGCAUGGAGGAGGAGGCAGGAACUUUAGGGUGAUGGGUUCGUUUCAGACAGGGUUUGGAGGAGUAGGAUCAACUUUUCCUUCUGCAGCAGCAGCAACACUUCCUCAUUAUGCUCUCCAGCAAGGAACACCUUAUAAUGUUUAUGGGUACUCCCCAUAUUCGCCGGACUACACUUACCCUACGGGUUACUAUAGUGUGUAUGGAGGAGCAACUCAGUACCCACUGUAUGGAACCGGACCAGGAGGUAUGAUGACCAGUGGUGCGGCCGCCGCCGCAGCCAUCUACCCAUAUCUCCAGUUCGGAGAAGGGAGCGGCAGCGGCGCCUUAACCGGAGGCUACACUUCCGGCCAGGGCUACGGGGUUUACUACCCACCACAGCUCUUUCAGUACUCUCCCACCAUUACUUCAUCUGCUGGGUAUGCCCAGCACUAUGGUCCACCUAUGUCUCUUGCUCCUUCGCCUGCUUUGCAAUCAGUGUGUUUUGCUGUGCCGCAGGCGUGAAGAUGGCUCUUCAAGCUCCACCAAUUCCUCAUCGUUAGAGAGACUCAUCAAAUAUUUUCUAAGAAACUUCUUAUCAUCAGUUAAUUGCUUCUCGAGGUUUCCAUCAUCGUCGUCGUCGUCGUCAUCAUCAAAAAAAAAAAAAAAAAAACCUUUAGCCUAACCAUGGUGCUUCUCUCUCUCUCUCUCCCCACCCUCUCUUUCUUCACUAACACACCAAAAAGUCCAUCAAUGGCAUUCAUGGACUUUUUCCCACACAUACACAAACAGCUUUAGCUCCCCAAAGGAGCUAAACCUGUAACUUCCUUCAAUUUUGAAGAGUCUCAUGCAUUUCCUCCCUCACAUUGCAUUUUCUGAAUCUAGGGUUCUUCAGGACAAGAACCUGAAUAUGUAAAUUCAUCAUCGUCAUCAUCUUCACCGGCUCAGGCUAUGUUGGAAAUAGCCUGCAGGUUGGUAUUAAUAGAGAUUAGGGCAAAACUCUUGUUGGCUCAGGAAAGGGCUAAUCAGUGAAAGUUUUAAGGAAAAAGAAUUGUAAAUGAUCAAGAUCAGUAAUCACAGAAUCAAUUUAGGACAGUUAAGAGGCAAACAAAAUAUUUACUUAUUCCCUCCAAUUGCUGCUUAGAUCUCACCUCUGGGAUGAAGAGGAAGGUUUAGCAAUCGUGGGCAAUGGAUGUCCAAGUUUUUUGUAUGGUAACAUCUAGGGUUUUAGGCUUAGGGUUAGGUUUAGGGUUUUAAAUUAGUAUAAUAUUAUUAGGUCUCACGUCAUGAAGAUCAUGUCUUUCUAAAUGCUUUACCAACUUUAAUUUUCAACUUUCAUGGUGGUAAAGGGUUUAACCAAACCAAUAAGUCGUCUUCUUUCUCAUCCCUUUGGGUAAGGGAGAGAGAAAAUAUUAAUCUCUCAUCAUUAGUACUAAUUAACUUCUGUUUAGUUUUUUUUUUUAUCUUUUUGUAAAAAUUCAUUGUGCCUGAACUAUGGGAGUUUAGGUCCAAUUUUCACUAAUCCUUAGGAGGGAUAGUGUUUUUUUAGGGUUUUUGGUAGUACAUAUCAUCAUCAUCUUGAGAAACAACAUCAGUGGAUGUUUGUUGAUCUCACUUUGCAUGAAACCCUAGGGAGAUAUUUUGAUUCCCUUUAGGGUUCUUCACUCAGUCACUCACUCACUCAUUCACAACUCACUCACUCACCAACCAUGGUUAGGAUUUAGAGGUUUAAUGUCAUCUUCUGAUCUUUGUCUGUCUAUCUCUCUCUCUCUCUCUCUCUCUUCCUCCAUUUAUCUCUCUCUCUCUAUCACUCUUUUGCUACUUUCACAUCAUUAGAAAUGGACCUUGAUACUUCUUAUUAAUUAUAUGCUUUAGUCUAUGAUUUGGAUUGUAAUUAGGAUUAAUGUUAAGGAGGAAGAGAUUGUCAAGAGGAUUCAUUUCUCAUCCCUGCAUGUAUCAUGCAUGCUUUGGUUGAGAAUGGAUUAAUUUGCUGCUACUUAUUUCACUAAAUGUUUUUAAUUUCAGACCAUAUCUAUAUCUCAUUAUGAUGCUUAUUUCUUCCUAA